AUGUCCCGCGCCGCUUCCGACGGCGACCUCGGCAUGGUGAACCGCCACUACCAAGACCGCGAAAAGAAUGACGGCGUGCAUUUUCUGAGAUGGUCAGAGACAGUGAAAAAGGCGCGUCAAAUCGUUUGUGAUGAGAAAGAAGCCGCGCGUGACGAUGUGAAGGAGUGCUUCAGUGCUUGCGUACUCUUCCUCUACACUCUUACAAGUCGACCUAGCCACCCCGAUGUGGCCUCGUGGAUGCGCGCUUUCCUUGGCACGGCGGCUGGUCUGGAUGUUUACUGUUUCAUCGGUGCAACAAUUUCAAGUUUUGUCCCCGACGUAAAUGUGCACAAGGGUCUGUCGCCGCAGGAUGUCUCGAAAAACUCGAGAGAUGAUGCCGGGAUCGUGUCUCGUCUUCGGGAGCCCGGGGCUCGCAAGACCUUCCUCCGGUUGGUUGCGGUGUACGACAAUUUGUCUCAUUCUGAUGUAUUGAUCUCAAGAGCGAGGAGCCACCGCGACCUUCGCACGGCGCAGAAGGCGGUGCUGAGUGUCGCUUCGAGACUCCUGGUUCAUGCUGCGGCGAUCCCUGUCGGCAUUUCUAUCCGCCUGUGGAGGAUCUUUUCUGCCUAUGCCACAAAUGAUUCGCCGGAUGUGGCGAGUCCUGGGCGAGGGAAGGCGGAUCCCACUCCUCACAGCCGACAUUAUAGCAAGAAAAACAGUCAGAAUCUUUUGUCGCUCACUUCAGCAUCGGUUCGAUCUCAGCGGCACGAUGUCCUAGAACUCCGGGCUGCAGUUGACUGUUUUCGGGACGCGCUCAAGAGCGACGACUUUCUUCACCACCUUCGAACAGAGCUGCUGCCCAGUGCGCGGGGGUUGCUGGGUACUUGCAUUUCUACUGCCGCUGAGCUGCAGAAGGCGGGAGACGACAUGGCUCUCUCGGUUGUUGCCGAGCUCUUGGCUUACCUCGCUCUUUCCUCAACCGGACUCCGCCACCACGCGGCUGUAGAGCUCAAUCAGAAUCCGGCAAGUGUGUUCGAUCACGACAAUGGUGGCGAUGGAUCACCAGCUAAUCCGGAGGCUUCAGAAAAGCGCUCUAAACAGCUCUGCAAACUGUCAUCUGCUGCAGUGCACUUUCCAUUCCUUCUUCGUGCAUGCACGUCUACGUACAGCGAGACAUGCGUUUUCAUGGGGGCCUUCUUGGAAAGCUGUUUCGUCGCUAGCCAGCAGCAAGAAGGCGCACAAGAUGCAGGGCUUGGAGUCCAUCUCGCCGAUGACGUCAAAGCUGAGGUUCUCCAAGCUCUUCAGAAGACGGUUGCCUCUCCGUGCACUGUUCCCGCCGAAUCAAGUGACGCCGACACUGGAACCGACAAGCAGGUUUUUCCACAGGAAAGCUCUGCCGCGGCACAGAGAAGAGCCGCGUGUCUCUCCCUUCUCGCCGUUAUGGCUGAUUCGGCGAGCUUUGCUUCGGAAGUCCAGCGAAUGCUCCUGGACCUUCUGGUUGACACUGUCUUAAGCAGUCCAGUGGGGGGGUGGUGGUGUAGAGCAAUCAUAAAGAACUUCCUCAGUAUCCUAGGCGAAAGCGAACAAAAAAACGUGGACCUCGACGCCUACGCGGGAGAACUCGCUCGUGUUGUGCGGCUCCAGCGGGAGCAACAGCAACUUCUACGAGACACCGCAACUGCGUCUCGGAAUCGAGAAGAGGAAGCGAAAAAGCUGAUGAAGCUCACAAUCUCAGACCACGAGCACGAGAAAGUGAAAGCUGAGCACAAGGCCGAAGCAUGUCAGCAGCAGUUGCAGCGGCUCCAAGAAACGCAUGCAGCUGAACUGGCGAGAGUGCGGGGCGAGGGCGAGGCUCAGACCCGCCAGCUGCGCUCCAUGGUGAACGAGUUGCAGCUCUUACUCGACGGCAGAGAGGAAAAGUUGAAGAACGCCCAGGAUGCGCUCGCAGCGAGCAAGCAGCAGCAGCUGAGCAACGACGGAGAAUGCAGCAAAUUACAGCGGCAGCUCCAAACCCUGACAGCCCUGAACAAAAAACAGAAGGACGACUUGAGCUGCAUGGAAGCCCAGUGCGGGUCUCUCCGCGAGGCGAACGACGAAGCCGCGAAAAAGCUCCACGAAGUCUCCUGCAGGGCGAGAAAACUCGAAAGCCAGUGCGGCUUCCUCCACGCGGAGAAGAAAGAGCUGCUCGACGAGCAGGAGAAGCUUUUCAAACAGCUCAUUCUUCUUCUUGACAGAGAGCAGCACCUGACACUCGAGCAGCGGCGCCUCCGCGAGGGCAUGAAAGAAAAUCUCGAAGCCGUUGAGCGGGCCGAGAAGCUCCAACAACAACUCGACCAUUUGCGACAAGAAAAAGAGAACACUGGCAAGGAGGCAGGCCAGAUGGCUUCGCGUACCGCCAUGCUGCAGACGGAGGUUGCGGCCUUGAGAGCGGACCUCAGCAAGGAAACGGAACGACGAAGAGCGGCUGAAGAGGCGGCCAGCAAUGCAAGCGAGAAGACACAAAGUGUCUCCGAAGAAUUAGAGCGCGUGAAAAAGAAACUGAAAACCCAGACGCAUGUGACAGAAGAUCUCGAGAAGCGACUCAAGGAGAAGGAAGAGCAGCUGUCCAAAAUCCAGAGUAUCUUUAGCAUGAAGGCGUAG